UCUAUUGUUGUCACUGAAAUAUUUUACGAGACAUGAAACGUCAACUGUCACAUUAAAGUGCCAUGCUUUUGGAUUUCGGUGUAUAAUUGCGUUUUAAAGAUUUUUAACAUGAAAAGAUAUUUUGUAAUUUGAUGAUAUUCCCGAUUUUAUGAUAAGUUAUCCAGUAAAAACUGUCAAAAUGUCGGAACUUGUUGCUGUCGAAUUCAGAAAUGACGAAAAAGUGGAAGAUAAGAAAGACAUUAUUAGGGAUAAGGAUUUACCCGUCAGUUUUGUGGAGGAAAGACAUUUAGAACCAAUAGAUGAAUUGAAUGUUGAGCCUCAAAUGUGGCGAAUGAAAGAUAGAAUGAAGACUGUGAGUGUUGCACUAGUCUUGUGCUUAAAUGUUGGAGUAGAUCCACCAGAUGUAGUCAAAACACAACCCUGUGCGAGGCUAGAAUGCUGGAUAGACCCUACCACAAUGUCUUCUCCAAAGGCCUUAGAAAAGAUAGGUCAGAAUUUACAAACACAAUAUGAAAGAUGGCAGCCUCGGGCAAGGUAUAAACAGUCACUAGAUCCCACCUCUGAAGAAGUUAAGAAAUUGUGUACUUCAUUAAGAAGAAAUGCCAAAGAAGAAAGAGUUUUGUUUCAUUAUAAUGGCCAUGGUGUUCCUAAACCCACUUCUAAUGGUGAAAUUUGGGUGUUUAAUAGGACAUACACCCAGUACAUUCCCCUGUCUAUAUAUGACCUACAAACAUGGAUGGGUGCCCCAUCAAUAUAUGUCUAUGAUUGUUCCAAUGCUGGAAUCAUUGUAGACUCUUUUAUCCAGUUUGCCAUACAACAUGAAAAGGAGUAUGAGCAACAGGUGGAGCAACAACCAAAAAUGACCAACAGCCCCCCACCACCUAACUACAAAAAUUGCAUCCAGUUGGCAGCUUGUAGUGCUAAAGAAGUGCUUCCCAUGAACCCCAAUCUACCUGCAGAUCUGUUUACUGCUUGUUUAACAACUCCCAUCAAGAUAGCCUUGAGGUGGUUUGUGCUCCAACCGAAAACCAAGCUAAUGCCCAAGGUCAAUUUAGAUCUGGUUGAAAAAGUUCCUGGACAAAUAACAGAUAGAAGAACAAUGCUGGGGGAGCUGAAUUGGAUAUUCACUGCUAUUACAGACACUAUUGCUUGGAAUACUUUGCCAAGAGACCUGUUCCAGAAGUUAUUCCGGCAAGACCUGCUGGUGGCGAGUCUAUUCCGCAACUUUUUGCUAGCUGAACGAGUGAUGCGUUCUUGCGACUGCACUCCAGUGAGCAAUCCUCCUCUUCCUCCUACUUACCAGCACCCGAUGUGGAAUGCUUGGGACCUUGCGUUAGACCUCAGCUUGGGUCAGUUGCCGGCUGUGGUGUCUGGCAGGGAACCGUUCAAGCAUUUGCCAUUCUUUGAAGAACAGUUGACUGCGUUUCAGGUGUGGCUGGAACUGGAGCUAUCGGGCAGCGAGAAACGCCGUCCUCCCGAACAGCUGCCUAUUGUACUUCAAGUCCUGCUAAGCCAGGUGCAUCGCACCCGAGCUCUCGAGCUUCUAGGCAAGUUCCUCGACCUUGGCCCGUGGGCGGUCAAUUUGGCCCUUAGCGUCGGCAUCUUCCCAUAUGUGCUCAAACUACUGCAGAGCUGCGCUAAAGAGCUCAGGCCACUGCUUGUUUUCAUUUGGGCUAAAAUAUUGGCUGUGGAUGGCGAUUGCGAUUAUUUACAGAGCUGUCAGGCUGAAAUCGUUCGCGAUGGAGGCCACAAGUACUUUUUGUCAAUUCUGCAAGAUACAUCUUUAUCGUCUGAGCACCGUACUCAAGCGGCAUUCGUGCUUGCAUCGAUAGUGAAAAGGUAUCGUGAAGGUCAAGAGGCAGCUCUGCAAGGUUCCCUAGUCAGCGUGUGCUUGGAACAGUUAAAUGACCCAACUCCUGAAUUACGACAGUGGGUGGCCAUUUGUUUGGGACAACUUUGGGACCACUACGACAAAGCUAAGUGGACUGGAGUCAGAGACACCGCACACGAGAAGUUGUACACUCUGUUGAAGGAUCCUUGUCCUGAGGUUAGAGCUGCUGCAGUAUACUCUCUAGGCACAUUCAUCAACUCAGUAGGAGAAAGAUCAGAGCAUGCCAAUAGUAUAGACCAUUCGGUAGCGAUGACAUUAGUAAAUACAGUAAGCGGUGAUAUGAGCUGUCUGGUGAGGAAGGAAUUAAUCAACGCACUGCAGUGGAUUGUCCUUGUUUUUUCUCCUAUAUUCCAAAAUAUAUACUCCAGAGAGAUGAAGGAGAAGGAAGAAAGAAAUAUUAUCCACACGAAUUCAACACCUAUUGGCUUCAGGAGAAAUGCGAGCAGAGACAUGCUCCGUAUAGGAGACGAAACAGACCGUAUGAAGCGCGUGGCUUCCAGCUCUGCCAUAAACAGUAUCAGUCAGCAGAUGACGCAAAGUUACACCGGUGGCAGCAUGACAGCUCUUUCUAGUCUCAGUUGCGGUUCCGUGUGUACAAAGAUUUGGAUGGCGCUCUGUGCGCUGGAAAUCGAUCCUUCACCUAGCGUGGCCAAACUGUGCAUUAGUGUCACUGGAUAUAUUAAGUCGAUGAUCAAGGAACAACUGGAAAAUCAAGACAAUCGUGCUAAUAGCAUGAAUACUUCUAGUAUGAGUUUACCGCCAAGUCCAAAUAGAGGAAACUAUUUCUCUGGAGAGAGUCCUCCAACACUGCAUCCUACAGGUGACAUGCAGAAACUUAAUAGGUCUGCAAUGUCAAACAGGAAGAAAAUGUAUAGGAGUGCCAUAAAUGAAGAAGGUGAUCAAAAUGCACAGGCACAUCGAAAGCCCUUGAUAGAAACAAAAUUUGUGGAAUGGUCUUCUAGGAGAUUUGCUCAAUCGAAUAAGAACAGGACCAGUAAUAGGGAUAUUGAGUCGGCUGUGUACUAUGAAAAGGACUGGAGAUAUGCAAGGAAUGCCAGCAUACGGUGUGAAGCAUCAGAUGAGCAGCGGAGGGCGUUAUCUUGCAGGCUGGAUUACCAAGCUUUCAAUACAAGAACAGCUGUACCACCUACGUUAUUACAGCUGCAUCCGUUUGAUCAACAAAUCGCUGUUGCUGGAAAUGACUACUUUGCCAUAUGGGAUUGGGGAACAGGUGCAAAAACGACCCUUUGCCAGAACAAGUCGACUAGGAUGAACCACAGUAAAGUGACGGCGCUGGAAUGGAUAAAUGCCCAUGAUACAGCCAUGUUGAUGGUGGCAGCUGAUGACGGCACCAUAAAACUGUGGAAGCCUUGCGAAGGGACGGGUAGGGGACCUACACUUAUCAGCGCUUGGCAGGCUUUCACAGAUCUCAAACCGCCAGUGCACUCAGGAAUUGUGAUGCUAUGGGAACAAUGGACCCAAACGCUUAUAAGCAGUGGUGAUACUAGACUUUUAAGAUUCUGGGAUGCUGAAUGUGAAUUGAAGGCUUUUGAUAUCCCGACAGGUACCGACAGUUCGGUAACAUGUCUCGACUCCACCUACUCCUCCAUCUGCCACGAGUGGCAGCCAUCGUUCAACCUAUUGGACUUCUCCGUGUCCGACGAGAACGGUUGCCUGUUUUCCGAGGAGGCGGAGCCUGCGCAGGGACCCCGUACGGGUCUGUGUGUGGCGGGAUGCGCCGACGGGUCGGUUAGGCUGUUUGACCGGCGGUGCCCACCAAACGAGGCGAGGUGCAAAAUGUGGAUGGAACAUCCAGGGAAAGUGCUUGCCGUGCAGAUGAGGGAUAAUCUGGUCAUAUCCGGCAGUUCUGAAGGUGAUAUUAGAAUAUACGAUAUUAGGAGAAACGAUUCGAUACAUAGAACACAAGCAAUCCAAAAUUACGGAAUGUCUUGUUUAUCCAUUCAUCGCAGCGCACACACAUAUGCUUGCGGUUCCUUGAACCAAUUCAUAAGCAUCUACACCCUGAAGGGCACUUUGAUCAACACGAUUCGCGUCUACGAAGGUUUCAUGGGUCACAAAAUCGGCCCCGUGACCUGCCUGAACUACCACCCACAUAGGGUCGCUCUAGCCACUGGAACGCAAGACUGCAGCAUUAGCGUGUACACCCUGGAGGCAGGUAGUAAGGGCAGGUGACGCGAUUCGCAGCCCUAGGCCUUCCUGUGGGGCCUGCUGGGCUAUUACUAGGAUGCUUUGAAGAAAUUGUUCGGUGCAAUCAUAUGUGUUGUUCUUAUGAUGUGAUAGAUACUGAUUGUUGAUGCUACUUGUAUGUUGAAUCUACCUUUGGGCAGGUGACUUGAUUCGCAGCCUUAGACCAAGGAGUAGGUAUACCAAGAGAUGACAUUGCGCAGAAUGCCUUUGAAUGUUGCCGGUCACCAUGAUUCGCCUUGCCCCUUUAAGUUGUCAUGGCACUGCAAUACUGGUUCUCUAUUUCACGACAUCUUACAACAAAAACAGUAAUUUAUGAGUGAACAGCCAAACCGAAGGCAGAAGAGUCCAUGCAGUGUUGACUAGAAUAUAUUUAAAACCUGCUAUACAUAUUUCAAACAACAACGUUUUAUUAGUAGAAAGAUUUAUUUGCAAUUAUCAAGUAUUAUCCUCAGUCAUUUUGUGACUUACUAACGUUUAUUAGUUUAUCUGCUGCGUAAUCUUGACAAAAGCCAAUAGUUUUAAUGUGGCCUUUUAAUGAUUUCUGGAACUUAUAUCGCAUAAUUUGUUGGCAUUUUUGCUUCAUUUUCUUUAUGUAAUUUUUUAAUAUACCUCUUGGUCUUACAUUGAAUUUUUACUGCACCAUCUUUUAGUUCAUAAACUUUUUCAAUUCCUAUUUUCGAUCGGAUUUAUAAAUUCAGCAAUGUCUUGCGCUUUUGAACUCCUGAUAUUCAUUUGGCAUCACCAUGACUAUAAUAUUUAGGGAUUCUAAUUUUUGAGAAUGGUUACAGCUCUGAUGAUGAACAUUGUUCUGCAUUUUUUCUUGUUGCUUCUUUUCGAUUUAUUAUCAUUUUUGAGCUUUCUACUAUACCUCGCCGAUAUACAGAAAAAUCCGUAUACUUCUGACGUCGUAAUAUGUGCGACAGAGAAGCGUGCAAUACAUAUGUAAGAAAUAUAUAUAAGCACCAGGUUGCCUAGCAACCCUAGUGACGGCGUAUCCUUUCUAAUAUACAUAUUGCACGCUUCUCUCUGGUACGUAUUAUGACGUCAGUGAUAUUUGGAUUUCUUUGUAUUUCCAUUUGUAGAUGAGUUCCGCAUGUUUCCAAAUUGCUUGUUUAGUACAUCCGUUUUUUCGUACUUUCACUAAUUUUUCUUAUAUUGAAAUCGUGUAAUCCGUUAAUUUUAAAAUUUCUUUUGAACUAAACUUUUCAUAUCCUAGGUUUAGACUUACAUGUCGUGCUUUUUCACCCUCUUGUGUAUACAUUUUUAACUUCAUAGCGUCCUUUUCCAAUAAACUUUUUUCCUUAUAUUUUCCAUCUUGGCUUGAAUCCUAUUUGUUUAGCUUGUUUCCAACAUUAAUUUUGUAUUUCUGAAAAGCUAAAAGUGGGUCAGCAAUACCAAAUACUAACUCGCAGAUACAGCAAUUAUGUCCAAAGAGUAUCUGGAAUACCAUAAUGAGGAUUCCCGAUCACCUGUCUUUACCACGCGCCGCGCACCAGGAUCGCCUAACACCGCUAUCCGACCAGCAAUUAAAAAAAUUCCAACACAAAACUAUCAAAAAUCUUUUUACACUCGACUGCUAAAUUCUGUUUAUUCUGCAUAUUCCUCACAUAUUCCCUACGUUCAUUUUUCAAAAAGAUGUUGCACACUUUGACAAAAUAUUUGAUACAGAGUGCAAUUUAACGAUCUUAUUUGUCAAAAUAUGACUGUCAGGUCUAAUAAAACGCUAUAAUUGUCUUACCGCUAAAUAAAUCCUCAUAUGUGUGAAUCACAUUUUAAUGAUGUUUUGGCCAGAAUACUUUAUAAUAGGGGAUCCACUGGUGCACGUGAAAGAAUUAUUAGAAUGUCGGAUACCUUUUGUGAUUGGUCUGAUUAAUACAGUUGUAUAAAUAUUUUCCAACAUACGACGUACACUGUACAUAAAAAAUAUAUUUGGUAUAUUGCAAGUAGGUUAGAGAGAGUCCACCAUGAGUAAGUGUAAGUUCAAAUGAAAUAUCGUGAAAUUUGAACAAAGAAAGCUUGAUCUUACAAUAAAUUCGUCCAAAAGAGUUACCUAUCUGGUAACGCCGCAUUUUUCUUCGCCAAAUAACAACACGUAAUUAAACGAUAUUGACCCUUAAGUUUCUUAGGACCGGUAUUUUUCUAAUUUCUUUGCCUUGUCUGUCUUCCCUUAGUGUAUCCCUUUUUGCUUAAACCUUCCUGUGGGGCCUAUUGGUCUAUUACUAGAACGAUUCAAUGCAAAUGUUGGUGUGAUCUUUGCGUUGGUGGUAGGGUCCCUACGGUAGUGAUUGUUGAAGUUGUUUGCAGACUGACAGUGCUGAUAGUUCAGGUUAUCUGCAUGACAGAUAAACCAUCUAUACCGCAAAUGGGGUAUUAUUUACCUAGACAAAAUUGCAUUUUUAAUAGUUGAAUUAUUUUGUUUUUUACAUUACACGGUAAUAAGAACUCAUUUAGAUCCGCUGAAUUUCCCGCUGAAGAAUAUGAUUUGAAGUUUAUUCGUGGCAGAUGUAGGAUCCCAUUCUGAGAACCUGGUAAAUCUUAAUACUCACACUACGUUACAGCUUUGUCGCGAAAUCUUCGAUUGAGCUUUGGACAACAAGUUUGUAGAAAAAAUUGAAAACACUCAGAUCAUACUUUUUCGGUGCAAAACAAUGGUUCCGUUCACUAGAACCGAGCAGAUGAAUCCCAGAAUGUGCAAUAUGAUUAAACAGGUCAUCGUCAUUGUUAGUGAUUAAUUUAGCCAUCGAGAUAAUCUCUAGAGAACUCUUGGUCUGAGCCCGUCACCAAAGACCUUACGCCAUAUUCCCUAGAUACUCGGUAUCAAUGCAUUCUAAACCAUACUCUCAACAGUUCAAAUUCUGCAGCCAGAUGCUAGUAUGGAAGGUACUUAAUUGCUGUACGUUGUUUUACACUUAUAAUAACGUAUUGCAAGUGAACUUCUGCAACCAUUAUAAAUUGAUUUUGAACAUACGCACUUAUACGAUGCUCGUACCACCUAUACUGCUUAAAUAUUUCCAUGGUGUUUUUAUGCAGUUUUAUCUUUUGUGAACAUAUUGUUUUAAUGAUAUACGUUACAUUCGCAUAGAUCGUCACUUGAAUUUCUUUAAAAUAAUUGCUCAAGAAUAACUAGCUUCAUUUUUUACCGUUCACUUUAUUUUAUUCGAAAUAAUAUUUCGCAUAGAACUAUGAAGUGUACCAAAAAUUCUUAAUCUAAAGUCACUUAUGCAUAUUUGAGAUGAUUUGUUUAUGCAUUUAUUAUUAAAUUCAUGUAAUCUUUGUUCCACACUAGUCGAAUGCAAGCAAAAUUUUGACUGCAAUAUUAACAUAGUAUAAAACGGGUUAUUCAUUGUGCAAACAGGUAAAAGACGCUUAAAAUCAAUUUUCGACUCUGACGACAAAAUGUGUUUUUUGUCAAGAUCGCCAAGUUCCAUAGAUUGCUGAAUAUACAGGGUGCCCAGUCGGAAAGUUCACUUUUGGAUUUAAAAAAAUAUUUAUUACUAUCAACAUAUUCGUAAAUUCGGGUUUUAUUUCUGAAAUUUCAUUCCGUCCAAAUGUUUGCCAUCCCUUGGACAUACUCUUCUUCCGGAGUGAUGUUUUUUAUUUCUCGUCGAAUGUUAUCUUUAAGCUUAUCCAGUAUUCGUGGAUUAUUGGAACACACUUUUGACUUUAGAUAACCCAAAAAAAGAAAUCGCAUGGCGUGAGGUCGGGUGACCUAGGAGCCCAGUGAAUGUCUCCAAACUUCGAUGUAACUCUUUGAGGAAAAAGUGCUUCCACCGUGCCCAUCGAUUCUCUGGAAGUCUGGGCAGUGGCCCCAUGGUGUUGAAACCAUCUGUUUCUGUUAAAUCGACGUUCUGUUCUUACAAUAGGAGUAACAAAAGUGUCAAUCAUGUCCUUGUAUCGCUCAGAAUUGACUGUCUAUGCAUGACCGUUUUCAUCUUCAAGAAAUACGGUCCAAUAAUACCGCCAGUGGGCGCAUCAAACAGUCCCCUUUGGUGUUGGUGUUUCUCUUUUGGGCUUUGGCCCAAUACAUGCAAUUUUGCUUGUUGACCGUCUAAGUGAACUUGGGCCUCGCCACUGAAAACAACGUUCUCGCGACUGCGCUGCGUAGGAAAAUGAUUCAACAUCCGUUCAGCACAAGAUUUCCGUAAUACGCAAUCACUUUACUUUAAAGCAUGGACCGAUUGGAUUUUAUAAGGAUGAAAACCCAUUUUUUUCUUCAUUAAGCCAUGCAGUGUUUAACUACGUACAGAACGCCUAGCAUUUGCAAUGAUCGAAUCACUUACUCGACGCACAUUUUCUUCGGUUGGUACAGUAGGUGUCGGGCCAGGAAUGGGUUGACUAAGAGCAGAGCCUGUUUUUUCAAUAGAUUCUUAUUUAAGGCAUAUCUUGGUCGGCGAAUGUUGUAUCGUGUACAAAAUUUCCGAAGGGCUGCUGCCUAUGAAUCACCACUUUUAAAGUAAGCCUCUAUAGCAAAAGCACGUUGAGCUCUGGUCCAACGUUCCAUUGUGACUAUUUAACCCGCACGCCGAACGCGUCGAUCAAGACCUCUCCCCACUUCCUCGCGUAUUCGGUUGCCGCGUAAUUCAAAUUUGAAAUGUGAACUUUCCCACUGGACAUCCUGUAUAAUCUUCAGGUGAUGUCUUACUGCAAAGCUUCAAUGCAAAUAUGUUUUAUAUCUGAAUUUUAAUUUGUGUUCAUUGUUCAAUAUGCUUGUGUGAUGUAAUUGAUACCUAGCGAUAAAAUUAUAGGUUGGACAUAAAGUGGGUAAUGUACAUGUUCCAGUCAUUUUUAAUCUAGUUCUACAUACAUUUUGAUAAUGAUUUAUUUCUAGAUAUAUGCUAGCGUUAGUUUGGUGAUUCUUUUGAGACUGAUGUACUCUACAGUACAGGAGUACAUUUUAAAUUUAUCUAUUAAGUAUGAAAUACGUGCAUAUAUCUAGAAAACCAAAUAUAAGUUCGAACAGAUAUUAGCUUAAGUUGUUGGAAUGAGGCAUAUAUUAUUGUUUGUGCAUUAUUCGUUUAAAGUGAGAUAUCUUUAUUUUUUAAUGCUUUUGUGGAUAUGGACAGUUCGAUUAUAGUAAAAUCGUUUUGGAAUGGAAUUAGCAAACUAUGGGUACAUGGUGGUUAAAAAGGUUUGAAUAUUUAAACGAAAUGAUUACAAAAUUGUGGCAGUAUCAAUUUUUCCAUGAUAUUAGUAUGUAACUUCAGUCACUCCAACUAAGUUUCUUUCAAUAUUCUGAUAAUGAUCUAAGAAGUACAUAUUGGUAUUGAUUGGAAUUCAAAAGAUUCUAGUAACUCCACAUUUUGACAACUUGGGCUGCAGAAUUUAAAAUAAUUGUUAGCACAUCUGAUUUUUAUUUUUCAACAUCAAAUGUUGCUUGCCUAGGUUAGUGAAUAAUAACACCUUUUCUACCACCUUAUCUUUGGCCUGUAAAAUGCAAGCAAUUAGAUUUACAUUGAUGUCUCUGCUAAGCCCCAGAAAUAGCUUGUUGAAUCUGAUCCUAGCAUUUUCAUUCGUUUAUCAACUUGUUGCCGGCGAAUAUAGAGGCAAGUUUUGCUAUGUUUCAAACUUCCAUAGACUUCGGUUUCAGUCGUGCGCAUUUUCAAUCUACUGAUAUAAAAUUUUGUUGAAAGAGAACUGUAAAUAUUAUGUAGUUAUUAUUCACUUUGUAAAUUAUUUUGUAUACAGAUUGUUUUAUAUAUUUUUGUUGCCAAUAAAUCUUCAAUUUAAGGUGCAUUUUUAUUUUCAGC